AUAGAUGGGAAUACUUCUUUGUGCUUUUUGUAGACUUUAUUUUGAAUGAUCAAAUGAUCUUCUAGUAAUCUGGCGGCAAAAAAAUAGCGCGCCUGAUCUAGGCGUUCGUUUGAUCGUUGAGUGCACUCCCUUAUCAGCUAGUUAGCCACUCAGAUAGUCAGUCGGUCUGUGAAAAUCGCGUUGCUUAGCGUUAUUUCCGAAGUCAUCAACAAACAUAGCAUGUUGUUGCUACUUACUACUUACUGAUAGAAGCAGCAUCCAAUAGCUAUAAAUAACAAACGACACGCUUGCAGUGCGCUCCCUCUCUCUCUUUCUCUCUCUAUCACACUUAACUCCUCGAAUCUCGCAGCCCUCCUCAGCGGUAGCGGCGGCGCUAGUGACAGUGCAGUGGGUGUCUCAAACGACGACCGCGGUGGCGGCGACGCAUAGCAUCGCAACGCAUUAUCUGUCGGGUAGUAUUUACUGUGGCGCGCACUUUGCCGCGUGUGUGUUUUCCGCUUUUCAUUCCAAAGCGCACAAACAAAAGCGAAACGCAACGAAACGAUUCGAAUUGAAACGCAAAUCGCCGCCAAUCUAAAGGCCGUCUGCGUAAUUAAAAUAGAAUUUCUGUUUGUGCAUGCUCGUACUAAUGGAUCGAAGAAAUUGUUAUGCGUAUGUGAAUUUAUACAAGUACUUGUAGUAUACUUACGAGUUACUGAAAAGCAAAUAAGGAACAACGUCAAAAGUCAAGGUGCCAUAAGCAGGCGUGUAAACAGCGUCGAUGCCCGUUUCAUCGCAACUGCGUCAGUGUCAGCAUCAGCAUCAGUAUCAGUGUCAGUGUCAGUUGCUCUGACUUUGGUAGCAACGAACUCGAUCGCGAGGCAUUGUUCCCUACCUUUGUGCCAUAACCAUAACAUAUCGGCCAUUCGCUUAAUUUGGGCCGCAACGAUCGUCGGUCUCGUAGCCCGCGGCAAGUGCGGCUGCAAUUCAAGACCACGUGAAACACGAAAAUGCCACGAUUAUAGACUUAUCGGUCUGCCACGAACCCCGAGAAGAAAACAAAAGUCACACGCGAAAUUUAAGACACGCCGCUGCGAGCAAAAAUAAACAAAUAAACAAACAAGCGAGACAAAACAAAUUCAAGAAAUGGCAGCUCUUCACAAGCUGCACAAAUUCCGGCGGGCCGCGUACGGGAGAGGGGGAGGAGGCCCCAUGAGCUACACCAACUAUGCACUGCUUGUGGCCACAGCGCUGCUGGUUCUAAUCUCGGCGCAUGCCAAAAGCGCCAAGCUCCACGAGCCAAACGCUGUAGCGGGCCAUGACUACGUCAACGUCAAUGCUGACAAUUAUGGCGGGCAUAGUAAUACCAAUGAUAAUGAUGGCAACAACAACAGCAAAAACAACAAGAACACCAACCCUCCUGAAUCGCCGCCGAGCAUAGAAGUUGCUUUCCAGAGCGAACCCAAAGCGCAUCGUAAGAAGGAGUUGCACGGCGGGCGACCACAUGCCACAAACCACAGGUUGCACCCGCAACCCCCCCACCACCAGCAACAACAACAUCAACAUCAACAUCGCCUGCUGCUGCCUGCUUCGGAAAAGCGACACUCUUAUCACAGCAAAUACAGCAUCGAGCAGCUCCUGCAUAUGAAAGUGACGCCCAAGGUUUCCAAUGACAUCGACAUGGAUCCGUGCAAGGCGGGCGGCUUCAUGGGCGAUAUAGCGCUGCCAGAGGGCGACGAGGUACCCAUAGUAGCGCGCACCCCUAUCACUGAUCCCGUCGAGUCUGAGUUGGAGUUUGAGUCGGACUCUGCGUCGAACCAAGUACAGGACACGGCCCUGUUACAAUCGGAUGCGCCGGCUGCGGCGGCGCCUGCCAAAUACAAUGCCAGCUUUCAACUGGAUCUCGAAAAACUCAAACAGGAAGUCUAUCACGAAGGACUGCAAGUGGAGGAAGAAGGUCUGACGGACAUCAUUCGGAAGAAGACAAAGCUACCCACGUUUCUUAGUCAAUCUUCCAAUCAAACUGGCGGUGGACAGUCCUUUCAACAGACUAAUUCCCACUAUCCGAGCAACGAGGCCACUCUGCAUGUGAAUGAGCUCGUGAAGCCUACCCAUGAAACGGCUGCGGACUAUGCACAGGCCGGGAGUUACAAGAACGAAGUGCUGACAACGACCACCCAUCGACGUAGUCACAAGGCUGCCAAACCUGCUCCACUUGAGCAGGAGGAGGAGCAGCGGGCGCCCGACAUGCCGCACCUAAACAAAUCGCAAACUGUCCUCAACUUGCACCGAAAUGUGGACCAGCGCAAAAUUCAGUCGGACAACAAGGACAUCGAAUACGAUUCGGGAAAUAAUUUUGUGCUGUCACGCAGGCAGCCCCACAUAGUCCCCACCUCACUGCCCACGCAGCGCUCCACGCUACCAAAUGUGUACAGUAAUGCCGGCGGCAAUGGCAUGCAUCUGGACGACGAUGUGGACUUUCUGCAUGCCCGUGGAGUGGUCCGACGUAGGCAUCGGCGAGGCCGCAAGAAUCGGCGCAGUAGCAGCGGCAACAACAACAAUAGUACCAGCAGCAGCACGGACUAUGCCCAGAAAGUGCAGCGUUUACGGGAGGAGCUAAAUCGACCAGAACGCCAGCACAACCACCAGCACCGGCCAAAGCAUCACAAUCAGAAAAAGCAACGCUCGAAGCAUCGACGCCGUCGCAUCGGCCAUGCCACUCAUAGCAUCGAUGACAUCACGUCCUACGCGCCACAGAGUUUUAAUUACUCGUCCGCGCAUGCCGAUGAGCUGGAAGUAUUAACCAAACGAAAGGCCACCAUGGAUGCCAUCAAUGCUGAAGUGCAGCACUCCACGCUUGAAAUGGAUUUGCAAAAUGCGGACAACCUCAAGCAAUUGGAGCAACAUCAUCGCGUUGCACGUGCCGUCACGGCCAAGAAGGAACGCAUCUGGGACUAUGGCGUCAUACCCUACGAAAUCGACGGCAACUUCAGUGGCCUGCACAAGGCACUCUUCAAGCAGGCCAUGCGCCAUUGGGAGAACUCUACGUGCAUCAAGUUUGUGGAGCGCGAUGCGGAAAUACAUCCCAACUACAUUGUAUUCACGGUCCGGAGCUGCGGGUGCUGCUCGUUUGUCGGCAAGCGCGGCAAUGGACCGCAGGCUAUCUCGAUUGGACGCAACUGCGACAAAUUCGGAAUUGUGGUGCACGAGCUGGGACACGUGGUGGGCUUUUGGCACGAGCACACGCGACCCGAUCGGGAGCAGCACGUGGUCAUAGAGCACAAUAACAUCAUGAAGGGACAGGAUUACAAUUUUAAUAUGCUCUCGGGGGAUGAGGUGGACUCUCUGGGCAUGGCAUAUGACUAUGAUUCUAUAAUGCACUAUGCGCGCAACACAUUUUCCAAGGGCACCUAUCUGGACACCAUUCUGCCCAUUGAAAUGAAGGGUCGCAAGCGACCAGAGAUCGGUCAACGCCUGCGCCUCAGCCAGGGCGAUAUAGCUCAGGCGAAUCUGCUAUACAAGUGCCCCAAGUGCGGUCGCACCUUCCAAGAGAGCACGGGCAUCUUUGCCAGCCCCGCUUACUAUACAGCGGGCGCCUUGAGCAACGAGACAGAGCAGUGUGAGUGGCGCAUUACCGCCACCCAUGGAGAACGCGUUGUCCUGCGACUGGAGAACAUGAACAUAUUCAAGUCAAACAACUGCGAAGCGGACUACUUGGAGGUACGUGAUGGCUACUACUUCAAGUCACCGCUAAUUGGACGCUUCUGUGGAAAGGUGGCCAACGAGGUUAUAACAACGCAAUCCAGCCGCAUGCUGCUCACCUAUGUGAACACACAUCGCAGCGAGGGCUAUCGCGGCUUUAAGGCAGAGUUUGAUGUCGUUUGCGGCGGUGAGUUGUCCGUGGAUGAUACAGAGGGUCGCCUGGAGUCGCCCAACUAUCCACUCGACUAUUUGCCGAACAAGGAGUGCGUGUGGAAAAUAACCGUGCCAAAGGGCUACCAAGUGGCGUUGAAAUUCCAGUCGUUUGAGGUUGAGAACCAUGACAGUUGUGUCUAUGACUAUGUGGAGGUGCGCGACGGCCCGGAGCAGGAUGCGGCGCUAAUUGGCGUUUUCUGUGGCUACAAGCCGCCACCAAACAUGAAGUCAAGUGGCAAUUCGAUGUACGUCAAAUUCGUGUCGGACACAUCGGUGCAGAAGGCCGGUUUCUCGGCUAUAUUCAUGAAGGAGGUGGAUGAGUGCGAAACACAAAACCACGGCUGUGAGCACGAGUGCAUCAACACGUUGGGUGGCUACGAGUGCAGUUGCCACAUUGGGUACGAGCUGCACAGCGAUAAGAAGCAUUGUGAAGAUGCCUGCGGCGGCGUUAUCGAGUAUCCGAACGGAACCAUCACCUCGCCCUCGUUCCCGGACAUGUACCCCGUGCUAAAGGAAUGUAUAUGGGAAAUUGUGGCGCCACCCAAGCACAAAAUCUCGUUGAAUUUCACCCACUUCGAUCUAGAGGGCACGUCGCAUCAGCAAUCGGACUGUGGGUACGACUCGGUCACCAUUUACUCCAAGCUCACGGAAAACCGCCUCAAGCGCAUUGGCACAUUUUGCGGUAGCGCCAUUCCUCCGACGGCGACCUCGGAGAGCAAUGCACUGCGCGUUGAAUUCCAUUCGGACAAGUCCAUACAGCGUUCCGGGUUUGCGGCCGUCUUCUUUACGGACAUAGAUGAAUGUGCCGUAAACAAUGGCGGGUGUCAGCACGAGUGCCGCAAUACCAUCGGCUCCUACAUAUGCUUCUGUCAUAAUGGCUACUCGCUGCACGAAAAUGGACAUGACUGCAAGGAGGGCGAGUGCAAGUACGAAAUAUCCGCAUCCUUUGGCACCAUCUACAGUCCGAACUAUCCGGACUCGUAUCCCCCGAAUGCAGACUGUGUGUGGCAUUUUUCCACAACACCGGGUCAUCGCAUCAAGCUCAUCUUCAACGAGUUUAACGUGGAAUCUCAUCAGGAAUGCACCUAUGACAAUGUGGCCGUCUACGAUGGAGAAUCAGAGGCCAGUUCCAUUCUCGGCCGUUUCUGUGGGGACAAAAUACCAUAUCCAAUAUCCUCGACCACCAAUCAGUUGUAUAUGGUGCUGAAGACAGACAAGAACAAGCAACUCAAUGGCUUUACGGCCAUUCAUUCAACGUCUUGUGGAGGCUACCUGCGUGCCACCAACCAGAUCCAGCAAUUUUACUCGCAUGCUCGCUUCGGAAACCAGGACUACGAUGAUAAUAUGGAUUGUGAAUGGACCAUACAGGCCCCACCAAGCAGUAAUGUCCAACUGCUCUUCCUCACGUUUGACAUUGAGAGCAGCGAGAACUGUACCUACGACUAUGUGCAGGUCUUCUCGGGCAUGGAGGACACUAGUGGACCCAUGUAUGGCCAAUACUGUGGCAAUGUGCUCCCACAAGACAUUAUAUCGCUGACGGACUCGCUGCUGGUUCGAUUCAAGACCGAUAGUUCGGUUCCUAUGAAGGGUUUCUCGGCAUCGUACGUGGCAGUUGAUCCCUUUGAGAACAGCGAUGAGGAUGUGGAGAGCUCGUACAGCUCCGAGAUGGUCACGCCGUUUCCUGGCUCCCUAAAAAGUAUAUAUAAGGAGGACACUGAGGAGACGGAUGACUACAGCGACUUUAGCGAGAAUCACUUGGUCCUGAAUAACCAGUACCGUGGGCGCUUUAGCUACCCUAGCAGAUACUCCUCCUGGACGAACUAGAGCGAGCAGAAACACGCACAAAAUUCAUGACAAUAUAUUACAAAUGGAAUUUAUAUUAAAAGAAAAUUAGGCAUAUCGUCGCGUACAUAUAGGAACAUUUGCCCCCCUCUCUCUCACAUACACAUACACAUAAACAUACAGAUUAACAAGUAACAUACAUAAUCAUUGUACCAGAAUAAACCCAAUGUUAGUUCUUAACACUCGUUAGGUUUUAUCGUGCCAGGCAUAUCGCGAAAGGGUUCAAAAACCAAACAGAAACCGAAAGACAAACAAAAUACACCAAAACAAUUACUAUACAUAUUAACAUAAAUAUUAUGUCCAUGCAUGUAGAUUCCUACAUAUAGUACACAGCUUAAUGAAUUUCUUGCAAACUUUAAGCUGUUUUAUUUCAAAUAGGAUCACUACUAUAUAUAAAGGUACAACGCACACGUUUGAAAAGUCUGUCUUUACAUCAAAGAAAUCAAAACAAAAAACAACAAAAUGUUGAAAUCAAUUUAGAAUUUAAAUGUACUCAUAUACCCAACUAUCCGUAGAGUAGGUCGGUCUUACAGUAAGCCCGCUUCCACAUACUAUAUGUUAGUAUAAUAUUGACAUUGCUUUGCGCAGUUUUCAAGCAUUUCCGAUGCAAUUAGUUUGUGUGUGCCAAUUUAAUAUACACACCUAUACCUACUUUAUGUUUUAAAAAUGUGCUGUUGCUAUUUAUGUAUGUAUGUAUGUGCCAUACAAGUCUGUGUGUAUUUACUGGUCUAGUGCAUUUCUAUACUUCAAAAUUAUAUUUAGACUAAGUCGGGAGGUGACAAACUCGUAUGUCAAGCAGAAAUUAAGGUUAACUUUACACUUGAAUCUUAUGUAUAAUUCUAAAAUUUUGACUUGAACUUAAACAUUUUAAUCAUACGUAAUUACAUAAAUAAAUUUAUAAUUAGUAUGUUUAACAAUUAUA